UAAGCCAUCAGAGGAGGAGGGGGAAGCUACGACCGUUAUGGCGCAGAUGCGUUGAGCUGUCACUGGUUUACCGAGCAAAACCAAAACAUUACCGGGGAGACUGCGAGCCUACGCGCCGUUUAAAAAACAACAACUAGUGAAGCGUAUCUCUACGCAUUAUGCUGAAUUUUAUCCAUUUCUGCCACUUCUGAGAGCCGGAGUUCGCCAAAGGGGAGUGUCGGUAUAGCGGAGUUGACAGUUAACGGCUGGGGCUCAGCUGACAUUUUUUAUUAUUUCGUAUUACUGCCGUUUGAGCACCGAAUGACUGGAAACAUCUGAAGCUAGCAGAGGCAGCCCGGUGGGAGCUACGCAUCGAUCCCUCCGCUAUUUUUGGUGAACUGUCCGAGCAGACGGAGCUAUUAAUCAGUCGAUAAGAGCUCAGCAUGGAUUCAUGAACGGUAUCUGCUUCUGAAUUUCACAUGCCCCGUUUGUUUGGUUGUUUGUAGUCGGAUAUAUUCAACAAAAAUAAUGUCAGACAACCAAAGUUGGAACUCCUCCGGCUCUGAGGAGGAUUUAGAGCCCAGAGAGGAGUAUGGACACCCUGCUGGUGUUGUAGAGUUCAGUGGAGUACUCAGUAAGUGGACAAACUACAUCCAUGGCUGGCAGGAUCGUUGGGUUGUGCUGAAGAACAACACCCUGAGCUACUACAAGUCUCAGGAUGAGACGGAGUAUGGCUGUAGGGGUUCCCUCUGCCUGAGCAAAGCUGUGAUUACGCCACAUGAGUUUGAUGAGUGUCGGCUGGAUAUCAGCGUAAACGACAGCGUGUGGUACCUGCGUGCCCAAGACCCAGAGCGCAGAAACAGAUGGAUCGAGUUCAUCGAGCUGCACAGGAGUAUCAGAGAAGGGAGGAGACAGAAGGGAGGAAUCCAGGGAGCAGUAAUCAUCCCUCCAUCACUGGCUGAUUCUGGAUACGGCUCAGAGUCCAGUUUGCCGAGACAUGGCUCCAUGCUUUCUCUCACGUCAGCCGCUAGUGGCUACUCUGCCACCUCCACGUCUUCCUUCAAGAAGGGUCACAGUCUACGGGAGAAGCUGGCGGAGAUGGAGACGUUCCGAGACAUCUUGUGCAGACAGGUGGACACGCUUCAGAAGUACUUUGAUAGCUGUGCUGAUGUUUCCAAGGAUGAACUGCAGAGAGACAAAAUUGUAGAAGACGAUGAAGACGACUUUCCCAACACCCGCACAGACGGAGAGUUUCUACACAACAACAAUGGAAGCAAAGAGAAAUUAUUCCAGUCCUUGAAUACAAAGGGAAUCAAUGGAAUAGACUUUAAGGGAGAGGCCAUCACAUUCAAGGCCACCACAGCUGGGAUCUUAGCCACCCUGUCCCACUGCAUCGAUCUGAUGGUGAAGAGAGAGGACAGCUGGCAGAAGAGACUGGACAAGGAAAUGGAAAAGAGACGAAGGAUAGAGGAAAGCUAUAAAUCGGCCCUCAAUGACUUGAAGAAGAAGUCUCACUUUGGGGGUCCCGAUUAUGAGGAAGGUCCAAACAGUCUGAUCAACGAGGACGAGUUCUUCGAUGCGGUGGAAGCUGCUCUGGACAGACAGGAUAAAAUCGAAGAACAGUCUCAGGCUGAGAAGACAAGGAUAGAGCGAUCCAGCCCUCCUCCCCCCGGAGACGUCUACUCCACCUCCGGUUCCCACAGAUUCUCCGAUAAGGUGGAGGAGAUGGUGCAGAACCACAUGACGUACUCGCUGCAGGAUGUCGGUGGAGAUGCUAAUUGGCAGCUGGUGGUAGAAGAGGGAGAAAUGAAGGUUUACCGGAGAGAGGUGGAGGAAAACGGGAUCGUAUUGGAUCCAUUAAAGGCCACCCACUCAGUGAAGGGGGUCACAGGCCAUGAAGUCUGCCACUACUUUUGGGACACAACGUACCGCAACGACUGGGAAACUACUAUUGAAAACUUCAAUGUUGUGGAGAGACUUUCAGACAACGCAGCAAUCAUCUACCAAGCACACAAGCGGGUGUGGCCUGCGUCUCAGAGGGAUGUGCUCUACCUUUCUGCCAUGAGGAAGAUUUUGGCCAACAACGAGAACGAUCCCGACACCUGGCUGGUGUGUAACUUCUCUGUGGAUCACGAUGAAGCGCAGACAAGCAGCAGAUGUGUGCGUGCCAAAAUUAACAUCGCCAUGAUCUGUCAGACCCUGGUCAGUCCACCAGAGGGAGACAAAGAGAUCAGCAGGGACAACAUCCUGUGUAAAAUCACCUAUGUUGCCAACGUGAAUCCAGGGGGCUGGGCUCCUGCCUCCGUGCUCAGGGCCGUAGCUAAGAGGGAGUACCCCAAGUUCCUCAAGCGCUUCACCACCUACGUCCAAGAAAAAACUACUGGCAAGCCCAUUUUAUUCUGAGACCCACAGGGAAGACUUCUAAGGCCUGAGCUGCAUCAGAAGGUGGGAAGGACGCUCAAUCUGCAAAACAACAAUCCCUCUGAUUAAAGAUUCAAACCCUUGUUUGAGGCUAAAAUGUAGUGUGUGUGUGUGUGUGUGUGCAUGUAAAACCAAAUGACACAUGGUUAGACGUUUAAAUGAGCAGUAAAUCCCCCAGAUAUGGUCAUGUAUGUUCCUCCACAUCAGGAAGCUAACUGAACCGAAGUGGAGGGGAAAUUUGGCCUCAAAAGACGAACGGCACUAAUUCCAGGGUGGAUGUUCAUUAGAAUGAUUUACAUAUAACAUUAUAAAAAAAGAAAACCAGAGAAUUUUAAGAGAUUUGAGGAUUACAUGUAAAA